UUCAUCACACACUAGUGUAUCUUCCCAACAAAUCUUGCAGGUGGCUGAGAUGUGGGAGCUGAACUCGUCCUGAGUUCAUGACGUAAAACACAGACAGCGGAUAUAUAAUUCCUGACUCUGCUCCCUCUGAAUAGGGGGAAUUUCAACUCAAAUCAAUCGCAUCAAUCUUCACUUUUUCCCCAACAAGCAAAAUGAGAUUCCUUAGCAUCCUUGCUGCCGGAGCUACCCUUCUCGGGGUAGCAUCUGCUGUCUAUGAUGAUACUAUUCUUCGCAUUAAGCCCUAUGAGGGUAAGGGAGCUACUGUCGAAGCUCCUGAAGACCAAUGUGUCUCUUUCCCAGACAACAUCGAGGAAGAAAGUUGGAAGAUUCUCUAUGUCCAGACUCCUAAUGCAGAUGACCCCGUUCGCUGCACAGUUUACGCCAAGGUGGGAUGCCGUGGUGCUCGGACUGCCUUCAAGAGGGGUCUUCACAAGUUUAAGGAGGAGAAGUCAUUCAGAGGUGCCAGUGCUCGCUGUGUUACUGAUGCGAUUGAUGACCGGGAGGAGUUUUAAGCGGACAGCCUCUCAUUAUGUUGGCAGUAAUUCUGGCUGAUGGAGUUCAGAAUACUACGACCUCGUAUUAGUUUAAUGCCCACCUGUCUGGUCCUGGUAUCUAUCGAUUAAUAAUAAAUAAGGUCUAUGAACAUAGCGUAUUCCUACAUAACCAAAAGCAUAUAACUAC